AUGGUUUUCCUCCCAGAUCCGCGAUGCGCUGCGCUGGGACAUGUCCCAGACGAUAUUCCCGUUAGCGAAUUCAUGUUGAACGAGGCAUAUGGACGAGUUGCUCACGAUCAGUCGAGGGAUCCGUACACGUGCGGCUUAACGGGCCAGACAUACUCAUCGCGGGAGGUGGUGGCUCGGGUGGAUCAUAUCGCACGCGGUCUCGCGAAGGAGUUCGGAUGGGCACCGAAUCAGGGCACAGAGUUCGAUAAGACUCUGGCAGUCUUCAGCGUGAAUACGAUUGACUCGCUGCCAUUUUUCUGGGGUGUGCACCGACUAGGUGGCGUUGUGUCGCCUGCCAAUGCUUCAUACUCCGCCGCCGAGCUGAAGCACCAGAUUCUGGACUCUGGCGCCAAAGCCUUGUUCACCUGCGUUCCGCUCCUGUCCAUCGCUCUGGAGGGCGCCGCCCAGGCUGGCCUGCCCAAGAGCAAGAUCUAUCUGAUUGACGUGCCUCAGCCUCUCCUGGGUGGCGCCAACCCACCAUCCGAAUAUAAGUCUCUCUCCCAGCUGGCCGAGGCAGGCAAGACGCUGCCCGCGCUGGAGCCACUGCAGUGGGGACCUGGAGAGGGAGCACGACGAACCGCUUUCUUGUGCUAUUCUAGUGGAACUUCUGGUCUGCCGAAAGGCGUGAUGAUUUCCCAUCGGAACGUCAUCGCGAACACCCUGCAGAUCAAGACGUUCGAGCACAGCCAUCGUGCCUCCCAGCAACCCGCGGACGGAAGAUCCGUGUAUUCGGAGGUCUCACUCGGCCUUCUUCCACAAAGCCACAUCUACGGCUUGGUCGUCAUCUGUCACGCGGGCGCCUACCGCGGAGACCAGGUCAUCGUCCUACCUAAGUUUGAGCUCAAGUCCUAUCUUGAGUCGAUCCAGAGAUUCAAGAUCAGCGUUCUCUUUUUGGUCCCUCCGAUCAUCAUCAACAUGCUUCGUAGCCAGAACAUCUGUUCCAAGUAUAAUCUCAGCUCUAUGAAGACCCUCUUCUCGGGGGCAGCGCCAUUGGGUAUGGAGACCGCAGCCGAUUUCCAGAAGGUUUACCCCAAUGUUCUCAUUCGCCAGGGAUAUGGUCUCACUGAAACGUGUACCGUUGUCAGCUCGACACAUCCCGGCGACAUUGUGCUGGGCUCGUCUGGAUGCUUGCUCCCUGGCUUCGAAGCCCGUCUCGUGUCCCCCGAGGGUCAGGAGAUCACAGCUUACGACACCCCGGGUGAACUAGUGGUGCGCUCCCCCAGUGUGGUAUUGGGAUACUUGAACAACGACAAGGCCACCAAGGAAACCUUUGAGGAUGGAUGGAUGCGUACCGGCGAUGAGGCAGUUUUCCGCAAGGGUCCCCAGGGCACCGAGCACGUCUUCAUUGUUGACCGUAUCAAGGAGUUGAUCAAGGUCAAGGGUCUGCAAGUAGCACCCGCUGAGCUGGAAGCACAUCUUCUCACACACCCGGCCGUGGCCGACUGUGCUGUCAUCGCCGUCCCCGACCACGCCGCAGGUGAAGUCCCCAAGGCCAUCGUCGUCAAGUCGCCCUCUGCCGGCUCCGAUGAGGCCGCUGCUGAGGCCAUCAAAAAGCAUGUCCAGGACCAUAAAGCGCGGCACAAGUGGCUGAAGGGCGGUGUUAGGUUUAUAGAUGUGGUUCCAAAGAGCCCCAGUGGCAAGAUUCUGCGCCGGUUGCUGCGUGAUCAGGAGAAGGAGGCAAGAAGGAAGGCUGGCGCCAAGAUCUGA